GUAGUUGGCUGAGGUGUCCACACACACACACACACACACCGAGAAGUUUCAUAGGAAAGUUGUGUUAAAAUACGAGCAACUUGUUCAUUUAAACUGGUGGUUUUUAGGUUUAAUUGUUUGCGUUCCGACAUAAAAACAGUUUGUUGUUGUUAUCAUGCGGCGGAGCUGGGGCUGUGUGGCAGUGUUGUUAUGGCUGUGUGUGUCGGAGUGGAGUUCAGUCAACGGCGCUUUCACACAGUCUCUGGACAGCGACUUCACCUUUACUCUCCCUCCCGGCCACAAGGAGUGUUUCUACCAAACCAUGAAGAAAGACGCCUCCCUGGAAAUUGAGUAUCAGGUCCUGGAUGGCGCAGGACUGGAUGUGGAUUUCUACCUGUCCUCUCCCACUGGUCACAUUCUGGCCUCUGACUUCAGAAAGUCUGAUGGAGUUCAUACAGUGGAGACAGAGGAAGGAGACUACAAGUUCUGUUUCGACAACACCUUCAGUGCCGUGUCCGAGAAGAUCAUUUUCUUCGAGCUCAUUCUGGACAACAUGGAGGAUGGCGAAGACCCUGAGAACUGGAAGGAGUAUGUGCAAGGCGCUGACCUGCUGGACAUGAAAUUGGAAGACAUCAUGGACACGAUAAACAGUGUGAAGGCCCGGUUAGGGAAGAGUCUGCAGAUUCAGACGGUGCUGAAGGCGUUUGAGGCGCGCGAUCGUAACCUGCAGGAGAGCAACUACGAGCGGGUCAACAUCUGGUCUUUCACCAACGUGGUGGUGAUGAUGGUGGUGUCCUGCGUGCAGGUCUACCUGCUGCGCAGCCUUUUCGACGACAAGAGGCAAACACGCACGUAACCUCAGCCGAACAUCUGGGAGGAGAAAUUCCGGGGACUGAAAAGAGGCAUUUUCUCACCAUCAUCGACCCUCCAUCAUCCCUUACUCUCCAAAUCCUCCUACUGCUUCUGCCCACUAAAGCUGAGCCAAGAAUACCCUGGUUUGUUUUCUCAGCCUAUAAAUUAAGAGAACCAGAUCUCUAAGCUGCUAUAGGUCACCGAUCUUACAAAAAAAGAGAACAUAUUUUUAACUUAAAGUAUUAACUGAUAUUGUUGCAGUUUUUUAUCGCAUCAUUUUAGAGUAAAUUUCAUCAACCUGAUAACAACACUGCCUGUAGAAAAUAAUCGACGCACUGAUGCACAUCUACAAUGCUUAUAGUUAUUGUUUGGUUUGUUAUGGUUUGGGUCCCCCCCUCAGAGUAGCAUGAUGAAAUCUGUUUAAUUUAGGGAAUAUUUUAACGCAUAUUAAAUGGUCUGCCUGCUCCGAGCGAAACAAAUCAACUGUGCCAAAACUUUACUGUACUUCAAGCUGCCUUGGUUUUUUCCUGUAAGUGAAAUGUCUGCUGUAGAUGUGCUCUAUAAGAUAGCUGAGGAAUCCUUAUCACAAUGCUACAAAACAUGGCCAUGGUUUAAGACCUAAUGACAACGCUGCUUCUUCAAACGCUCCCCGCUGUGUCAGCUGCCCUCAUGGACCAUACCAAGGGCUGCGUUUGGCCCAGAAUCACUGUGGAGUAAAGGGAAAGGGAUUCUGCGUCUAUAAAUCACUACAGGCCAGCUGAACAGAUCACAUGACCUAAAGGCUGUUCCUCUGGACUUCGCCGACCACAACUCCAGUUGCAGCAGCGCAACAGCUAGGCGUUUCCUGACGUGACCUGGAGCAGUUUAUCGAAAGACAUUUCAGGCUUUGUCAUUUGUUUCCAGGAUGUACGAGCUCAGACUUAGCUGAAGUCGACCUCACGUGUCCCUUACGAGAUAAAUCCCGCCUCUACGCGCGUAUCCCGAGCCGAGUCUGUGGUGUACUCGGAGACUACUUGUGAAAAGUCAGUUGAUGAAAUGCUCCUCCUCUGGCGUAUCUACAUCAAAAAUUUUCAUUGACAGGAAGAUUAAUUAUUAAGUCAGGUUAUCAAGCGUUAUAUCUUCUAAUGACGAGCUUCUGAAGUUCAUCUCUCUAACAACUUCAUACAAAAUUAAUGGCUUUACUUUCCAUCAAACACACGUCGAAUCACAGUUGAUCUAAUUUAACGUCUUCCCUACACAUAUCCUCACAGCUAGCUUUUAUGGUAUGUAUUUGUUGUUGUUGUCAUUUUAAACAUAUACUGUAUAUCACCAGCUGUUUAAUACCUAUCUAUGAAAAGCCAACAUCUGAUGAGUAUAUAGUCAUACUGGCUCUUUAUCAGCAUUUGUUAAAUCCUCAGGAAAUCUACAGCGUGGAAUAGAUAUGUUUUAACAUGCAUUUGGAAUAUCUAAAACAAAUCCCUUUUUAAAAAUGUAUGCCAUGUAAUAUGGUUAGUACUGCAAUGCUUGUUUUAUGCUGUUAGUGAGCAGUAGUAUAAAUACUGGUCUAUGUUAGAGGUGUGCAUGAGACCAGCCUUUUCCUGCAAUUUAUAUUUUUGCUCAUGCAAAAAUGCAAGAAGUUGGAUGGACGUGAUGAGCGCUAGACGAGAAUCCAGUCCGCUCUCGUGUUAAUAAAGAUGUCCUGUUUGUCACACAUGCUUCAUAUAUGUGACCAGCUGCUCCUGUUUGGAUCCAGGUCCUGAUGCACACCUCUAGUCUAUAUGAUGAGUAAGAAGAAACGUACCGAAACAAGUUCCUCUAAAAUACCUGGAUUUGUAUUCACCUUGAUAUCAGUAACAUUGAUUGCUGUGAUAGUGACUAUGACCGUGCCAUUGUUGAGCUUUGUGAGUCUCAAAAUCAAAGAAUUCAUACCGAAGUCAUUAAAAUGUUUAAUUAUAGUAAA